UUAAUUUCGAAGGUAAAGAGUACAAAUUGCAAUCUUGCAAUCUCUAUUUCAAAAUUCUGGGAAGAAUUUUCUGCCUUUAUACAGCACCUUUCAAGUAGCUAGGAUUGCGUCGUUAUUGGUAAUGUGACGACGAGCUGGAUGGAUUAUUGAAGCUGGAUUCUGAACCUGAAGUGGCAUCAGCAGUGCCUGGUGGCACAAAUAUACCUGAAACAAACGAGGAACUUGAUGUUGACCUCGACAAGACUGCAGCAGGAUUACGGUUAGCUGAUGACGGAGCAUAUGAGGAAAACAGAUGUGAUGAUGAAGCUUUGCUUGAUGAAUUGGCACGUCGUGAAUUUACGGUAUUUGUGUUGUCGGAAGUUGGCAAACCAAUCUUCGCCUCCUGUGGGCAUGAAGAGCAAUUAUGCUCACUUAUUGCACUCAUUCAAACAUUCGUUAUGGUUGUUACUUCAUGGAAUGACAGUCUUAAACGAAUUCGUUCAGCUCAUAUGCAAAUUUCGUUCUCCUAUCGAAGUCCACUUAUUUUAUGUAUUGUUUCACGUGACGGGUUUCAACUGGAUGCUCAGGUGGAUCUUGUUUACAAACAGAUGCUUUCAAUAAUUUGUCGGGAUCAGUUGAUUUCGAUUUUUCAAACUAAAGGACCUAAUUUCGAUUUGCGAUUCUUGCUCAGAGGUACAGAUCGACAUUUGAAUGCCAUAGUAUGCGGUUACAGGAAUGACAUUGCAGUUUUCAUGCGUUCAAUUCGGAUAUUUCCUAUGGCUUUUGCAGAUCGGGAGCAAUUCACAAGUGCAAUUGUAUCGGCAGUUGGAAAUAUCGUAUACGGAUUGGUUAUAGCUAAUCGACAGCUGAUCACAGUGGUUCGGAUGAAGGGUAUCGCAUUAAAUCCAUGCGAUUUACAUCUUCUUAUCAAUCUUAUCGAUUGCAACCCGUCAUUGAAGAAUGCUGAUAAUUGGAUACCAAUAUGCUUACCACAAUUUAACGAUACGGGAUUUCUUUAUGCCUAUGUUUCUUUUAUCUGGGAAGGCAGUAGCGCGUGUUUGCUGCUGUUAUCAUUGGAACGUGGUGCAUUUGAAACACUUCGUGGUGUGAAAGAAACGAUUAUUACUAAGUUAUGUUCAUCGAAGUUAUGUACUUCAUUAAAGAAUGCUGUGGAGAAUCCUUCUUUUUUCGAUAUUCAAACGGAUGUUCCUUCGGAUUUAUGGCAUUUUACUUAUAAGAAUCGCUGCUCAAGCCAAAUAUGUUGUUCACAGCAUUCAUUGCCAUUUAUCAGUAAAAGUGAACGCUGGAAGUUGCAAGAAUAUUAUAAAAAGAUGUUUGGUUAUGCGAUGCGAACACCUAGUCUGAGGCAUUUAUUCAUUACAAGACCAGAAUGUUGCUUGCUGUCUAAUGUUACCUCGAAUUAUGAAUUACACUGUGUGUUAAGCCCAUUUGUGACGCGCGCAUCAGCAAGCGCACAUGUCGAUCGUCUUUUGAAAAUGCUCAAAAAGGAAGAAUCGAAAUUUUUUACUACUUCUUCUGUGCAUUUCUAAAAGUUAUCAAAUUUCCAGUGCUUAACUAGUGAUUAGCAAUAUUUUGCGCGAUUAUUAUUCAUUUCAUUGGUGAAAAAUUUGGG